GAGAGAGGAGAGGUGGGGGUACGUCGGGUUGAGAGGGGCGGGCAGCAGAGUGAGUUUGAUCAUGAGAGUGAUAGAGUGACAAGGAAACAGUGAACAGAGAGAGAACAAUCACAAAUAUCCGUUGAAUAACCGUAGAGACAAAAACAACAGCGGUACAAUCAACGAGAACGAUUAAUCGGUACUUGAUGUUUAGCAGCCGCGAGUGUCCGGUGCCAACUAAAGUCGACAGAGACGAAGAGUGAGUGGCGAGAAUCGAGGGCAGCAACGGACACCGGCUGGGGAAGAGCCCUUUUACAAAGGACACCGACCAGAUCUACCGAGCUGUGACACCGCUCGAUGGAUUCCCCGACGGACCUCUACGAUGACGCCGCCCACCAGAUACGCAUGUACACCUCGGCGCUACGGACGCCCGACCUCCCCGGCCACGGCCGCGCCCCUCCUGUCUCUCGGACCCCCGACUUCCACCUCAUGCAACACCUCCUCCAGUCAGGUGGCGCCACCCAGAGGCCCGGAGGGCAACUGCACCCAAACGCACAACCUCACAACAACCCCACUCCGAUCGGCCGCCGGUACUUUGAGAACAAGAGGGAGGGCGCCGAGAAGGAGGAGAGAGGGCCGGAAGCCCCGGACGAGGGAGGAGACGCAGGGGGCGUGGCCGGGAUGGAGGGGUGCCUGCCCGGGCUCAGGAAGAGGCGUGGUGGCGCCGCCCUGGUGGCGGAGUGGAGUCGCGACGCCCUGCGGUCCAAGAGGCUGAAGCAGCGCGGGAACGCGGAGGAGACAGAGGAGGAGGAGGAGGAGGAGGAGGAAGGGCGGGGGAGGGCCAGAGGGAAGGUGGGCGAGAAGAGGAGGAGAGAGAGGGAGGAGCUGAAGGAGCAGCUGGAGGAGGCGCGGGGGAGGCUGCAGGCCCUGCAGGAGAAGGUGUGGCGGGCCUUCGGGGAGAAGCACGGCACGCCCGUGGACGACGAAGAGGAGGAGGAGGAGGAGGAGGAGAAGAAGCAACAGGGGAGGAGGUGCAGGGAGGAGAAGGGAGGAGGGGGAGCCGACCGGCCCCAGAUGACGGGAGAGGAGGAGGAGGAGGAGGACAUCGUGGAGGGGCUGUUUGAGGAGGAGGACGAGGAGGAGGAGGGGCUGGGCCGUAGAGAGGCGGCCCUUCCUCUCUCACUCCUCCCCGCUCUGCCCUUCGGCGGGGGGAGGUGGCGAGGAGACAGAGAGACGGACGCUGGCGGGAAGAUGGGCGGCAAGGAGGAGGAGGAGGAGGAGGAGGAGGAGGGGGCCGGCGGAGGGGCGGGGCUUCUUGAGGGCGUGCUGGAGACGGCGGGGGUGUGGCUGGGGUGCGGCGGGCUGGUCCGGGGGGAGUGGCUGGAGGGCGGGGGCGCGGACGGCGGGGAGGCGGAGCUCCUGGUGGCGGCGGUGGGCGAGGAGGAGGCGGGUGGCGGGCAGAAGUUCGCCCAGGCGCUGAAGGUGGAGCUGGGCAGCGCCGUGGCACGCGUCAUCGACCGCGUGCUCCGCCUCUACGCCGAGCACGAGGGCGAGGACGGGUGCGGCCCGCCCUCCCCGCCGGCCGCCGUCGCCUUCGCCCCGCCCCCCGACGCCGGCGGGGCAGGGGGAGGGGGAGGAGGGGAGGGGGGGAGAGCGGGCGGCCGGCCGGGCUCGUGGAUGGGCGCGCUGCUGCAGGAGAGGGGGGGGGGGAUGGGGGGGGAGGAGGAGGAAGAGGAGGAGGAGGAGGAGGGGGACCCCCACGAGAGGCCGAGGGGCGCGCGGCAGCAGCUGAUGAAGACCAACACCCCCGGCCGCUGGCCGCACGGCGACCCCCGACCCCGGCAGUCACAUGACGGCAACAACGCCAAACACAAGCCGGGCGCUCUGCUGGGGGGGGGGCCGCCGUCGUACCCCCCCCACUCCGCCGCCCACCUCCACCCCCAGCACCACCCCAACGCCGCCCCGCACCACCAGGCCAUGCAGCGGGCCCCCUCCCUGCUGGCCCCGCCCUCGCAGGCCCCUCCCCCGCCCCCCCCGCCCCAGCUCUCCCUCCCCCUCCUCCACUACUCCAUGCAGCAGCUCUUCUCCCGCGCCCUCCCCCACCUGCCGCCCCCCUCCCACAAGGACUACCUGACCUCCGACCCCUUCCUGGACGCCUUCCCGGGACACCACCCGGGCUUCCCCCCCCUCCCUUUGAUGGGGCACCUGGAGCCCUCGAUGGGCCCCCGGCACCACCCCCACCCCCACCACCCCCACCCCCACCACGGCGGACCCCGGGGGAGGGACAGGGGCAUGAGGGGGGGAGGAGGGGGAGAACUCGGGGGAGGAGGGGGGAUGGACUGUGGGGACAUGUACCUGCCGCUGGGGGGAACCCAGGAGGGUCUGUCCCCCUGCCACCUGAAGAAGGCCAAGCUGAUGUUUUUCUACGCACGGUACCCCAGCUCCAACACGCUGAAGACCUACUUCCCAGACGUCAAGUUUAACCGCUGUGUGACGUCCCAGCUCAUCAAGUGGUUCAGUAACUUCCGGGAGUUCUUCUACAUCCAGAUGGAGCGUUUCGCCCGGCAGGCCGUCCGUGACGCACUGACACGGGAUGGGACAGCGCACCUGGGGGGCGAGAGCCAUCUCCGCAUGAGCCGAGACACGGAACUCUACCGCAUCCUCAACAUGCAUUACAACAAGAGCAACGUUUACCAGGUUCCUGAGAAAUUUAUUGAGGUAGCCGAAGUGGCGCUGAGGGAGUUUUAUUCUGCUAUUCACAACGGGAGGGACACUGACCCCUGCUGGAAGAAAGGAAUAUAUAAAAUCAUCUGUAAACUGGACAGCCCCGUGCCCGACGCGUUCAGGCUGCCGGGAUGUCCCGUCGGCUGACGUUGUUUUGAACGCACCGUCUCACAAACACGCAAGGCUCACUUGUCGCAGAGGAGAAUUAAAUACAGGAUUUGUCAAUAGGAUGGGAUACGAGGGUUAGGCUGAGCUGGAUAUACGUUACACACAGUAUUUUGAAUUGUGAAACAAAACCGAACAAUUAACAGAAAUCAUCCUCAUUAAGAUUUUUUUAUUUUAAAAGUGCGAGAGAUUCUACUGUCACAUAACUUGACCAACCAAUUCAAAACCGCAUUCAAACUUAGACAUUCUUCUGAUAUAUCUCCACACUUGAAAGCUGUCUUCCUAAAAAAAGAAAAAGUUUGUAUUUGGUCCAAGUAACCACAAUCAUUGUGUCUUUGUGUCUCUUUUAAAAGACAUGUCACUUACUCCAUCAUUGCAGUAAACAUAUUUUUUUCUUAAUAAAAUAGCACCCAUCACACACACACACACACACACACACACACACACACACACACACACACACACACACACACACACACACACACACACACACACACACACACACACACACACUACUUUGAUAUACACAGUAUUCAUUUACAGAGGAAGGGGCCAUUUUAGUUUGAAAAACAAUUGGAAGGAAGGAAGUGAAGACACAGAGAUCCGUGUUGCUGUACAAUAACCUCGGUUAAUAACUUUUCUGGCAAUUAUAACAAUAUUGUUUGGGGCCCAAUGGACUAAGACAGUGGUGGUUAUUUGAGCCCCUCCUGUUUUCUAAAACCCACGACGUACCAUAUCCCUGGUGCACUUUCAAACGCCACGUCCAUGGUUUGGCCAAUAGCAACAAGCUCCCCCAAACAGACGGACUAUAUUUAAAUAUGGUGUAAUUAUUAUCUUGUAAUGUUAAAUUUUCUUGCUAUUCUCGUCGUAUUAUUUAUCUGAAAUGGACUUCUGAAGGUCAUUUUUUUUAAUUUUCUUUGAUGAACCUUUUGGGAAUAAAUUUCCACAAUGUACCCUGUGUAUUAUCGUUGUUCAAUUUCCUGUGAGAUUAUGUGAUGGAAAAACUAGAAGUAACUCAAAUUCUGCCAUGACCCAUUUCAGAACAGUUGCUCAAGUCGAAAGAUGUUUUUUUGCUUAUGUUGUUUCUUCUACUGAACAAAAAACAACGUAAACACCAUUUGCGUGUAAAGUGAUUCAAUAUAUUGUUACAAUUUACUCUUGAAAAGGGACAAAGUAUUAAUUUUAAAUAAUGAAUUUUACGUUUUUUAUGUUUUAUGGACAUAAUCUUGUUCUUUAUAUAUUCGCUUACAUUGUAAACUAUAAUAUUUUUGUGUCUAUUGUAUUUGAAAAGAUAAAUGUUCUUUUUUGCAGGCUUAAGGGCUAUAACUUUGCUUUCAAUAACAUUUCCAGUCUGGUUUGGUGGUUACUUGCAGUAACUGGAAGUUGCAAACAAGACAAAAAUCCAAAAUCUGACCAAUAAAAUAUCUUAUAAUUUAUGACAAUGUGAUGCAGAAUUCCAGUUUCCCAUCACAACUAACUAAACUAUUAAGCUAAAUUAUAUUAUUUGAUCAUAAUCCAAAAUAAACAACCAAAUAAUUAAAAUUUCUAUAUAAGAAAAAUAUGUUUGGUAAUUCGAAUCGAUCAAUUACAAAAAUGCUUAUUCUGUUGUCAGAGUUCUAAUCCAUUAUUUUCUCUCCAUGUUUAUCAAGUCAAAGAUGAUCAUGUUGUAUCCUUUCUACUGUUGCCUGUCAGACGAAGCUAAGCCGAGCUACGCCUGUAAUCCCUGUUUCAAGUGUGCUAUGUGCGCUUUUGCUGUAUCACUGGCCUUUCAACCUCUUCUUCCUGCUUGUCAUAAUUCUCUUCUAAUUUGUAAAUACGGUUCUGUUGAAUUAUGUGCUUCAUUCCCCAGUGUUGAAUUUUGAUGUGCACGUUACUGCGCAAAUUAAAAUAUGAAAGCUU